ACAACACAUCAAUAAUGAGUCAUAAAUAAUAACUGCGCAACGUCUACCAACAUUUAAUUAUACAAUUUCGCCAACCUAAUAUAUAGUUCCGCUAGCAGCUCCAUCUAGUGUUUUGAACUCGAAUUAUAAGAAUUAUUCAACCUUGAGCCAUCUAUGUGAAACUUUUAUAAAUAAAUGGUAUGUGAUAGCGUCAGCAGAAUUAAGAAAAUAAUAAACACUGUUGCCAAGUUAUUAAUAUUUCCGUUAUUCACGUUUAAAACUAAUUAUACGUUUUUUUAAUUCGAAUAAACGUUAUUGAGACAUUAUUUAAUGUAAUUUUACCUCCUUAUAUAUUAAAGCUUAUAUAAAGAUAUUGAAGGAAACAAGUUUUAUAUACAUGGUUAUACGAAAAGUCCUAAAACGAAAUAAAACUACUUCAGGAUUAUUACUGAGUGUUUAAUAGUUGGAAAAUAUUGCAGGAAUUGAUGUAAAAGGAAUAUUUUGAGGUUAAAAAAUGUAUUAAAUAACAAGUUUUGUAAAGAAAGGUGAUAAUUACAUAAUUUUAAUAAACUUUUAACGUAAAUAUUAUUAUAUCAAGGAGUACUUGAAUGUGUUUCAACACCUAUCCAGCUUAGGUUCUGAUUUCCAUAGAUAAUGCCUUAUCGCCGUGAAUAAACGUUACAUUAUUAUAAAACAAAUUAAAAACAAGUCAUUAAGAUCAAUCAGUACAAUAAUCUUGAUGUGUUUCAUAUGAAUUAUUCCGAAAAGUUUCCGUUAUACUCUGAUAUUUGUGAAAAAUUAAAAUUUUCUCAUAAACAUGAUUAUACAAACGUUUUUCAUAAACAAUUUGGUGGGGUCAGUUAUUGCUCUUGCACUUAUGGGCUUCAUGUUUGGUUUUACCAUAAGCUGGUCGUCACCUGUUAUGCCAAAAAUUCAAAAUCUAUCUUCCGAUAGUCCUUUCGAUAGAGCUAUAACAGAUACGGAAAUAUCCUGGAUGACUUCGUUAGUUGUACUCGGUUCUUGUUGCGGAUGUUGGAUGUUCGGAUUUUUAACUUCCACAAUCGGAAGAAGAUUUUCCACGAUAAUCUUGGGAGUUCCGAUGGCUACGAGCUACUUAUUAAUGGCGAUAUUUCGAACUGUACCCGUUUAUUAUGUAGCCAGAUUCAUCAUGGGGUUUACUCUAGGAGGUGGAAAUAUAGUAUCGAUGACGUACGCUAGCGAAAUAUCGAGUCAAUCUAAUAGAGGAGUGAUUAGUACGGUGGCCGGUACUUCUCUAGCUAUAGGAACAUUGUUCUGUUACAGUAUCGGUCCUUGGGUUAGUGUUACCGAAUUGAACAUAAUCUUGAGCGUAUUUCCUUUGAUUACCAUAGCGAUUUGUAUAAUAUUUUGCGAGGAAUCGCCUUAUUAUUAUUUGGUAAAAGGCGAGGAAGAUUUAGCCAAAAAAGCGUUGAUGACGUUCAGACCGCCGGGCACGGACGUCGACAAAGAACUCGAAGAGAUUCUGAUCAAAAUCGAAGAACAAAAAUCGGGAAAUUUCUGGAAAAUAAUCAAAAGCAAAUCCGUAAUGAAAAGUUUAUUUAUAGGAAAUAUGUUGCUGAUUUUCCAACAGUUUACCGGCAUAAACGGUAUAUCGAUGUACAGUCAAUCUAUUUUCGACGAAACCGGUUCGAAUUUAUCGUCGGCCGUGUGUUCGAUCAUAUUAGGGGCUCUUCAAUUAACCAGCGGCAGUAUAGCGCCAAUUGUGGUCGAUAGGUUCAACAGAAGAUCCCUCAUGAUAGUAUCCGCUAGCGGAAUGAUACUUUUCGAAGUACUGCUGGGAAUUUACUGCGUCGUCGACCAAGUUUCUUCCUUUUUCAAAUUCGUACCGAUAUUAUGUUUGGCGGGCUUCAUGUUCAGUUAUAAUUUCGGUAUCGGACCGCUCUGUUGGGUCGUUACGAGCGAAAUUUACGCCGCCAGAAUUAAAUCUAUGGCGAUGGCGUUUUCGGUAUUCGUUUAUUACGUCGUCGGUUUCGUCGUUACCAGAUAUUUUAAAGCCGUACAAAACGCUAUUGGUAUAGGCGCGCUUUUCUUCAUAUUCGCCGGUUGUUGCGGCCUGUGUAUAGCGUUUAUCAUUUUUUGCGUUAUCGAAACCAAAGGAAAAACUUUGGAACAGAUUCAAGAUCAAUUAGAAAGAUGAAAUAUUUCGUUUGAUGCUGACGCCUCUUCAUUUUCAUCGGCGAGCUUUUCCACAGCUCUUCGUUUAUUUAUUUUUCCCGUCCAACAUAUUCUCGAUCUUCUGGGAUUUCUACUGUAUCGUAUAUUUUGUUAAUUCUGUCGUAUUUAUGGUUAUUUCGUCUAUUCUUGGUAUUUGUUUUCCCCGUCCAGCAUCUUCCGGCACUUCUCCCGUGUCUAUCUCUAGUUUUACUUCCCGUACUGUCUUUUUUUUGGUUUAGAUUUCUUCCUCUUCUUAUGCUUGUCCUUUGGUCUCUUAUUUUGAGUGAGUUUUUGUUAUUUUCGCAAUUUCAAUGUCUCCAAAGAAUAUCUUCUGUUGAUUUUCCUUAUUCCUUUAUCAAUCUUUUAACUUUUCGUCAAUUCUUUUUUAUAUUUUUCACGGUCUGUUUCCGCUUUAUGUCUCAAAUAUCGCUUUUAUGGUCUCUGACCACCAGUUUGUUCUUAUUACUACGUAGCAGCAACACUGGUGGAAAAAACUUGUUUGUAUCUCGUUGCAAUCAUGUUGAACUCGGAUUUCGUCAUGAAAAAGGCUUUACGAAUUCCGAAGCGUCAAACUGAAGAUCGUUGGGUGAUACAGAGAUCCAGAAAUAUAGAAAAUCCAAUGAAUUUUGUACCAAAACCGGUUGAUCCUUACCAGAUAAAGGAAGAGGUCUUCAAGCAACAAAAUAUAUUAUACCCGUGAUUCUAAAAUGUUUUUUCUCUACGUAAUGCUUUAUAGUUCAUAUUUAAAUCGGUAUUUUGGAAAUAUAAACAGGCUUAAAUUUUUCCCAACUGUUUGAACCGUACCUGAGCCUGUACUAUGGAGAUGGCGUCUUAGAGGACGUGGUUCAAGUUAUUUUUGGAGUCUCACGUCAAGUAUUUUCACACCUUUGCAGAGACGAUGAAGAAUUGUCACUUAAACGAGCUGGUUCUGGCUAGUAGCUGGACCAAAAUCAACUAGCAUCAUUAAACGUUUCGCCGCGACUUUCGGGCGUAUUAGUUUCGAAAAUAUCCAGGUCAUAUUGCGACGAAAACUCGUUUAACAACCAGGUGUUGUUCGUGGUAUCAAAAAAGCGAUUUGAUUCACAUCAAGUAUGUGCUUUACAAAUUCGUGUCAAUAUUUGAUAGAAUGAUAAAUCUCAAAUAGCUACUUCACCUUUCCUUUUGUAAUAUACAUUUUUUUAAAUAAAGUGCAAUUUUUUUUUUUUAAAAAAA